AUGCGACUCCGUUUAAUUUAUUUUUUAUCAAUUUAUAUUAUCAAAGUAACUUCUCAGUGGGGUUGUAAGUUUUUCGGGGAUCGAGGUUUUUCUUCCAAAUCUUAUCUGAAUCUAUUUCUUCCAGGGAACAAUUGGAAUGUGCCAAAUAAUAAUUUGGCAAUCGGGUAUCCAACAGCUUAUGGUUUAUAUGCGGGUAGAGGACACAAUGGCUGGGGAAAUGAGGGAGGCGGAAAUGGACAUGUAGGUUGAAAUUCUGAACUUUGAUUUGAGGUAGUGAAAUAUCUAACUCAAACUUCUGGUGCCUAACGAUCACAAAUGUUCUCUCAUUCUAUUUGGAACUGGAGAAAAACUGUGUCAGGCCUCAAAAAAACCAAAUUUUUCAGCCUGGAGCUGGUGGUGGAUUUGGAAGCCCUUUGAGAUGUUUGAAUGGUGGAGCACACAUCGGUCAAUGUCGCUUGGAUACUGACUCGAUUUGCAUUGCUCUUGGUGGAACUUGUUCGCAUGGUGCUUGUUGUACAACACCAUUUGUUAGUUUGGGUUUGACAACAAGUACAGUAUCACCAAGAGAAAGUGUGAUUGAUGGAGAGGCGACAGAGAAAAAAAGGAAAAAGGUGACAAGGAAAUUGAGAAGAACAACAACAAUGAGACCAGAUGAGGCGGGUGGAGGAGAGGAAGAAGAUGGAGAUGCUGUAAGUUGGUUUGAGAUGAAAAUCGUGGUCUGAUAUUUUCCUUCAUCUUGUUAAUAUUUCAGUGGAGAUCUGCUGAACUUGAAGAAUGGAACAAACUUAUAGAAAAAGCGAGAACCACUCCAUCGCCAAUUUUGGAAACAUCAACAACUCCUCUUACAGUAACACCUUUCACUGAAACGCCGGAACCCAAGGUUUGAAAUUUUAAAAACGUUAAGAAAUCAACAGUUUAUUUAGGUUUGCGAUUCGGGUUUACGGCCAGUUGGACCAUGUUCAGAAGAUUCGGAUUGUCCAACUUUACAUCAAUGCGAAAAUCUACAAUGUUGUUAUCUACAUUUUUAA